GUUUAAUCUCGGAGGCGCCGCAUGGAAACAGCGUUGUGUUGCUUAGUGAGCGAUUAGUCCCUUUACACUAUGUCUUCGAAAAGGAAAAUUAAGUUCAAAGCAGUCAAGGAUCAGGGAGUAUCGCCGAGAGUAAAGCCGGGUUGUUGCUCACCUGCAGCCCCAUCUCCUGGGACUCUCCGACCAGCAGGAGCAGAGGACAGUCUGAACACAAAUCACCACGCUUGUCUCUCACUGACCGUCACUGACAGUCUAGAGAAAGCUAAUGAGAAGGUGCCCAAGGCUUGCCGAAGAUGUCUUGCUCAAAUGGGUCUCAACAGCUUAAAAUUGGGAAACCUCUGCAUUGGUCGACCGAUCCUUCUUACCAGCACUGCUGGCAGACAGGAGGUUUGCACAGCAUGGCCUAUCCCAAGUUUUCCUGGGAGUAAGAUUGGGUUAAAUGAAAUUACCCAGAAGAAUUUAAAGAUCAAGGUGAAUGAUACAGUUACUGUUGAGCCACUGCUUGGUCCAAUAUUACAGGCAGAAGAAAUAUAUUUAACUUUAAGAGAUCAAGAUGAUUUCUUCAAGAUGGAAGAAUUAUCAGACUACUUGUUGAGGAGUAUGGAUGGGAAGAUAGUAUUACCUGGCAACUUCCUGAACCUUGUAUUUUAUGGUCGAACGUUUCACUUACUACUGACAAAGAUAAAAGGAGUUGAUGGUGCAGUGUUGAAGAUGUCAUCAAAUGUCUCACUCAAUGAUUCACAACUGAAUGCUGAAUCUUUGCUUGACAAAUCAGUACAUGAGAAAACUGCAAUUGAUUUGUCCACAGAUUUCAGUAAUUUGACCGUAGAUGAUACUUCUGUCCAGAGUAACGAUGCCACCCUGGAUCUACUUACUCCUCCAAUGGAUUCUCAAAAUAUAUCCAUUGUAACCUACAACAGUACAGUGGACAAUGAGAAAAUGCCUGAAUCACACAAUGAUUCAAUGUGCUGUUCAGCAAGCAACAAUGAAAAUAUUGAAAAAUCUGAAUCUGUUCAGGAAAGUGAAGACCAGUGUGACCCCUCAGUGGGGGAGUCAAUCUUGAUGUCUGACAAUUGUCUGAGAAAUAGCAGAGAUACAUUUUAUCACAUUUCUUUGCUCACUCAAAUCAAGUUCAUGCAGGAACAAAACAGUGACCAGGAGAGGACGCAAGAAUCCAAAUCCAAAAUCACUUAUGAUAUGAUUGGAGGACUGGACAAUCAGCUGAAGAUUAUUCGAGAAAUUAUUGAAUUACCUUUGAAACAGCCACAACUGUUCAAAUCCUAUGGAAUUGUGCCCCCUCGAGGAAUUUUGCUGUUUGGACCUCCAGGUACUGGGAAGACUUUAAUUGCCAGAGCUGUAGCUAAUGAAGUUGGAGCUCAUGUUUCUAUCAUCAAUGGACCCGAAAUUAUGAGCAAGUACUUUGGAGAAAGCGAAGCAAGACUGAGACACAUCUUUGCAGAAGCAAGGCAACGUCAACCCUCAAUAAUAUUCAUAGAUGAGCUUGAUGCUAUAUGCCCAAAGCGGGAAGGAGCUCAUCACGAAGUUGAAAAGCGAGUGGUAGCAUCAUUGCUUACAUUAAUGGAUGGUAUUGGCUCGGAGGGAAGUGAAGGACAGCUCCUUGUCCUUGGUGCAACAAAUCGACCUCAUGCCUUGGAUCCAGCACUUAGGAGACCUGGACGAUUUGACAAAGAAAUAGAGAUUGGUAUUCCUAAUGCUGUUGAUCGUGCAGAUAUCUUGAGAAAGUUCCUGAAGAAUGUUCCCACUUUGUUGACUGAGGUCGAACUGACACAGCUUGCAGAUAGGGCUCAUGGGUAUGUUGGAGCAGAUCUGGCAGCAGUUUGCAAGGAAGCAGGUCUGCACGCUUUGCAUCGGGCACUUGGAGAAUGUGCCAACCCCUCAGAUAGUGAGGUAGCUGAAUCAGUGAAGAUAACCUUUAAUGACUUCCUGCAAGCGAUGAAUGAUGUCAGGCCUAGUGCUAUGAGGGAGGUGACUAUUGAUGUGCCGAAAGUAAGUUAUUACGACAAUGUCGAAAUAAUGUCUAUAUGUUUAUGUAUCGCAAAGUCUAACUUUCAGCUUCCAACUUCACUUGCCAAGAAGGAAGCAAAUGGCUAA